AUGGAUUAUGACAGUAAUAGAGAUAAAAAAAAUAAAUAUUUUGAUGAAUAUAUAACAUUAAAUGUUGGUGGUAAAAUUUUUCAAACUACACUAUCCACAUUAACAUCAUGUAAAGAUUCAGUGUUGUAUAGAAUGUUUAAUAAAGAUGAUGAAAACUCAAUAACCAAUAAGAUUCAAAUUAGUCGUAAAGAUUCAAAUGGUGCAUGGUUAAUGGAUAGAGACCCAGAAUACUUUAGAGUGGUUUUAAACUAUUUAAGAUCCCAACCAACUAAUCCCACAGAUUUAAUCAUUGAUAACAACAUAUCAAUCAAAGGCGUUUUACAAGAAGCAAAUUACUUUCAGAUAGACCCAUUGAUUGAUUUAUUAAAUAAAUUGGAGACUCAACAACCAGAUUUUACAAGAAAGGAAAUUUUGAUUUAUAAAGGAACAAUAAAGCUAACAAAAAAGAAACUAUUUAAUUUAGAUUUAUCAAAUAUAGAUUUUCAAAAAGAGAAUUUUUCAGGUAGUUUUAUUACCAAUUGUAUUUUUAAUUCAUGUAUAUUUUUAAACUCAUCAUUCUUUGGAGUCAGUGGUGAAAACUGUCAAUUUAUCAAAGCAUCAGUACCCAACACAAUAUUUUCAACAUCCAAUUUAAAGGGCUCAAAUUUCUCAUCGUGCGAUUUAGGCCAUGCAAGUUUCAACAAUUGUGAUUUAACAAAAACUAUAUUUGAUAACUCUAAUUGCACCGGUGCAUUAUUCCAAAGAGCAACCAUUUUAAAUGGUUCUUUUAAAAACUCAAAUUUAGAGCACGCAAAAUUUCAAAAAGCAAAUUUAAGAGGUUGUGAUUUUACAAAUGCUCAACUCCAAAACUGUCAUUUCACAUCCGCAGACUUAAGAGAUGCUAAAUUUAAUUGGACCAAGGUAUCUUUUGGUCUUUUCAAAAAAGCAAAAAUCACCCAAGAACAAUAUAACUCUAUACCAUUGGAAAAUAAAGCAAAUUUAGGUUUUAAAAUAAUAUCUGAUAAUGAAGCUUUUGAUCAAUUAAAAAAAAUUAAAAAACAACAACAACAACAGCAACAGCAACAACAACAACAACAACCAAGUAAUAAUAACAGUACUACCAAUAAUAAUAAUAAUAAUAAUGUAUCAAAUAAUUUAAAUAAUAGUGUAAACAAUGUAAAUUCAAAUAAUAAUACAACUAAUAAUAUGAACAAUGUAAACAAUAAUAAUACUAUGAAUAAUAAUAUGAAUAAUAAUUCUAUUAAUGUAAAUAAUGAUCAAGAAUCAUCUCAAAUUUAA